CCUAGGCACUCACUGGGCCUUGGGGCAAAGCAGGGAGAAUGCAUCAGAAAACUCGGUUAUGUGAUAGAGUAGUUGUCCUUUGGUUUGCUUUCUUAGACCGUGUGUUCAUCUUGCGUGCACGUGGAGAUCCCAGGGUCCCCGACUGUCUUCCGUAGGAGCCACCCACCUUCCUUUUGUCUUCUUUUGAAACUAUGUAGAUUACUAUGUAGACUAGGCUGGCCUGAAACUCACAGAAAUACGACUAACUCAGUCGGGCGGGCACCACCACACCUGCUCAUCUUUCCUGGGUUUGGAUCUGGACUUGGCUCUGUAGCAGUGUGUGAUUCUUUCUGUGUCUGUUUCUCACCUUUCCACCUGUCUGCGCAUCCCGACCUCAGGCUGCUGGAGGGUUAACAGUGUCGCCUCACCUGGACACACUGAGGUUCAGGGGAACUUUUUAGAUUAAAGGCCAGAUAGUAAACACUGUCAGCAUUGCUGGCCAGGUGGUGUGUUACCACGAGCUGGAGGAGAUAUGUGGAAGUGGUUGUGUGUCAAUAAAACUUUAUCAACGGGGGCUGGGGAUUUAGCUCAGUGGUAGAGCGCUUACCUAGGAAGCGCAAGGCCCUGGGUUCGGUCCCCAGCUCCAAAAAAAAAAAAAAAAAAAAAAAAAAAAAACUUUAUCAACGGGCCGGAGAGAUGGCUCAGUGGUUAAGAGCACGGACUGCUCUUCCAGAGGUCCUGAGUUCAAUUCCCAGCCACCACAAGGUGGCUCACAACCAUCUGUAACGGAAUGCUCUCUUCUGAAAUGUCUGAAGACCAGGGACAGUGUAUUCGCAUGUAAAUAAAUCUUUAUGAAAACAAACUUUAACAACACCAAUAGGCUAUAUACUAUGUGUCAAUAAAACUUUACUGGAGCUGGGGAUUUAGCUCAGUGGUAGAGCGCUUGCCUAGGAAGCCCAAGGCCCUGGGUUCGGUCCCCAGCUCCGGAAAAAAAGAACAAAAAAAAAAAAAAAAAACUUUACUGACAGGCUAUAUGCUGCAUUUUGCUGAGCCUGCAUUAGGUGCUCAAACUGACAGCUAGUAUCUUUGCUGUUCUCCGUCCCCUGUCUUUCCAGCCUAGAGAGUGCUCCUGAGCUCUUACUGUAUGCACUGGGAACUCAGGACUCUGUCUUUAGAGAGACAGCGUUCUCUGUCUCCUAAACAAACAAGUGAGUUAAGAUUUGAAGGGCUUUCAGUGCCAGCAUGUGGGUCUGAGUUUAAGCCCUCCCCACGUGACAAACACCUGCAAGCACAACACUGGGGAAGUGGAGACAGGAGGAGCCCCAGGGCUCCCUGCCCAGCCAUCCUAGCCAAAUUGGCAAGUUUGAAACCAGGGAGAGAUCCUGCCCUAGAAAGUCAGGUAGAUGGCAUGGAAGGGCAGCUGAGGUUGUUCUCCAGCCGCCACGUUCAUGAGUUCACACGCGAACACAGAAACAUGCAUACGAGUUAAAUAAAAUACUAAAAAAGUAAGGACUGCUGGAGUUGGGCAUGGUGACACAUGCCUUUUCUCCCUGUUCUAAUGUCACCACAAGUGCCAGGCCUGCCUGGGCUGUUAUAUAGUGAAACCAACACAUGUGAAUGUGUAUGUAUUCUUUAAUUUAAAACAAAAAAAAAAUGGAAGUAAGAGGAUGGGACUCUAUGAAUCUGUCACCUCAGCACCCAGGAAGUGGAGGAUCAAGGUUCGAGGUUAUCCUUGGCUACAUAGUGAGUUUGAGGGCAACUUGGCUACAUGAGUCCUUGUCUAAGAAGAGAGCCGCUUCCAGGAUAGCCCAGGAAAUGGAGAAGCAUCACCCUGGUUGGUGAGCUGGGGGCGUGUCCAAGCCAAGCCUCUUGCACCAUUUCUCUCUCUCUCUCUUUUUUUUAAGACUUAUUUAUUAUAUGUGUGUACACUGUUGCUGUCUUCAGACACACCAGAAGAGGACAUCAGAUCUUAUUACAGAUGUUGUGAGCCACCAUGUGGUUGCUGGGAUUUGAACUCAUGACCUCUGGAAGAGCAGUCAGUGCUCUUAACCGCUGAGCCAUCUCUCCAGCCCUCAUGCACCAUUUCUCAUUGUCAAAGCUGCUGAAAUGCCUUCACUGGGUCUUUUUACAUACAUAUAGUCUCUCUCUCUCUCUCUCUCUCUCUCUCUCUCUCUCUCUCUCUCUCUCACACACACACACACACACACACACACACACACACAACCAACCAGUCAAUUAGUAAAUUAAUUAAUAUCUCACAGGGUUCCCAGAUGACCCAGAACAAAGAUGGAAGACCUUUCUGGAUUUCUCAAGCCAGUACGGGGUUCCUGAGGGCCGCUGAGAGCUUGGCAGUUGACAGUUGAGGUGAACGCAAGAUGGUUUCACAACUGUUCACCAAAGCGGAAGGAAACGGAAAAGCACCAGGGCUCCCCAGUCUUCAGCCUGAACUUUGCCCUCACUUGCUGUGUGAUUUUUUCCCCAAGACACGGUUUCUUUGGAUAGCCCUGACUGUCCUGGAACUCACGCUAUAAACCUGGCUAGCUUUGGACUCAGAGAUCCCCUUCUGCCUCAGCGCUCGGGCUAAAGGCAUGCACCCCCACGCCCGGCCUGCUUCACACACCGUUCCACUCUAUGUCAUUGUCAUGGCCACUGACUUUCCUUCACUCUGUCUCUUUGUAUAUCUGUCUUUAUCUCUGUCUUUGUCUCUAUUUUAUUUAUGAGUUGUUAUUUAUGAACCAUUUCUUGUGCCUAUGUACCACAUGCAUGCAGUACCCAGAGGAGCCAGAAGAGGGCGACAGAUCCACUGCAACAGGAGUUACAAACUAUUGUGAGCCACUGUGUCAGUGCCAUUAACCACAGCCCGGUCCUUUGGAAGAGGAGCCUGUGCUCUUAAGUGCUGAGACCUCUUCCCAGACCCUCGUUCUGUUUGUUUUGUUUUGUUUUGUUUUGUUUUGGCAAGGACUCACUCUGUAAAGCAGACUGGCUUUAAACUCAGAGACCCAUCUUCCAGUGUCUCCAGAGAGCUGGGACUAAUGGUGUACAUCAUCUUCAGGUUUGGCUUUCUUCCUGUCCUCUCUCUGUCCCUGUCUUCUCCUCCAUCUGUCUCACUCUGCCUUCGUCUCUUUCUGUUACUCUCUUUUCUUCCUCUGUCUCUGUCUCUGUCUGUCUCUGUCUGUCUCUCUUUCUGUCUCUAUUUCUCCCUGUCUCUGUCUCUGUCUCUCUUUCUGUCUCUGUUUCUCCCUGUCUCUGUCUGUCUCUCUUUCUGUCUCUAUUUCUCCCUGUCUCUGUCUCUGUCUCUCUUUCUGUCUCUGUUUCUCCCUGUCUCUGUCUCUGUCUUUCUGUCUCUAUUUCUCCCUGUCUCUGUCUCUGUCUCUCUUUCUGUCUCUGUUUCUCCCUGUCUCUGUCUGUCUCUGUCCCUGUCUCUCUUUCUUUUUUUAAAAAGAUUUAUUUAUUACAUAUGAGCACACUGCCACUGUCCUCAGACACACCAGCACAUUGGGUCCCAUUACAGAUGGUUGUGAGCCACCAUGUGGUUGCUGGGGUUUGAACUCAGGACCUUUGGAAGAGCAGUCAGUGCUCUUAACCACUGAGCCCUCUCUCCAGCCCCCUGUCUCUCUUUCUGUCUCUGUCUCUGUCUUCCUCUUUAUCUGGGGUCCCUCCAUCCCCACUUAUACCCCGUUGUCUGGUCACCACCACCUUCCUGAGCCCUGGCUCUCAGCACACUGUUCCUGAGGCUCCCUCCAGGGUCUAUGGUGCAGAUCCUGCACCCUCAGUACGGGAUGGAAGGACCUUCGUGGGAGUUCCUGGAGCAUGACCUUGCUGACCUGGAGCUGUCAGGGAACCUCACGGCCUGAUCAGCAUUGUGCCUCCUGAGUUCAUCAGGCUCAUCUGCCCACUCCCUGCUCUAAGCACCCAACAUAUGAGUCAGCCCUGAGGUGGCUCCUCCAGGACAACUGGGGCAAGCCUGUAGCAGACUUAAAGCUGCAUCACUGGCUAACAAACAUGGAGCAAUGCAAGCCCAGCCUGUGUGUACUCCAGACUCCACCCCACACCCAAGGGAAUUCCUACCUCACGUGGGUCCGUGGUCUUAGCACUUGGAAGGUAGAGGCGGGAGAGGUAGGAGUUCAAAGCCAUUCUCAGCUGGAUAGCUAGUUCAAGGUGCAUAUUGAAUUAGAGGUUAGCCUCGGCUACCUGAAAAGAAACUGAACUUUCUUUCCCAAAGGUCCCCACCAUGAGGAAACCCAAGCCCAGCACAUAUCCUGAUGGGACUCCAGACCUUCGAGUCACUCUGCUGCGGCCCUAUUUCUUCCAAGGAAGUAUGGUACACAGUAGGAACUCAAUAAAUGUAGGAAAGGCAGCCAAACUCAGCCCUCCCCAAAGAACUAGCUUUAUUGUCCUCACUGGCCUAAGGUGGGGAAGAUGAGGUCAAGGGUCAAGGUGCUUGCCCCAGGGCACCUGGCCAGGGGUGACAGAUGAGCAGGACUGAUGCUUCCAGGAUGGCGGGACCCUGAGAAGGUCUGAGGGACAGUAGCAAAUGACAUGCGUUCAGCCCUUCUGACCACAGACCACAGACCACAGACCCAUAACUACUUUCUGGACGGGACCGUUGGGUGACUGUGCCUCCUGCACCUGCAGACCUUGACAGGAAGAGGAGAUACCGUCCUCCACAGUCAUGGUGCCUGGGACAGGAGGAGGCCGGGACUGCCUGACGCUGGUCGUAGCGACUGCCCUGACCCAGCUCCUGUGGCUCCCUGGUGAGAACUCCACAUGGCCGUUAGACCCUACCCAAGGUUGCUGCGGAUCCCACAUUGUUGGAGGCCAUGAGGUGAAGCCACAUGCCCGGCCCUACAUGGCCUCUGUGAACUUCGAGGGCCAUCACCAUUGUGGAGGCUUCUUGUUCCAUGCCCAUUGGGUGCUGUCAGCUGCCCAUUGCUUCAGUGACAGGGACCCCUCCACUGGCCUGGUGGUGCUUGGGGCCCAUGCCCUGCUCACCCCGGAGCCCACACAACAGGUAUUUGGCAUUGCGGCUGUUGUCAGCCAUCCUGAUUUUGAGCCGACCACACAGGCCAAUGACAUCUGCCUGCUAAGGGCAGACUCUGGGGGGCCCUUGGUCUGUGGAAACAGGGCCCAUGGCCUUGUAUCUUUCUCAGGCCUCUGGUGUGGUGACCCCAAAACUCCGGAUGUCUACACUCAAGUGUCAGCGUUUGUGAGCUGGAUCUGGGAUGUGGUUCGAGCAAGUCCAACCCCCGGUUCAAUGGGAUGCUCUUUGAGGGCUGUUUGAGUCUCAGCCCCCUACUGGGGCAGAAAUGAAUGACAACCAGUGCCCGUUGGCUCACAUCUGGAAUAUUCCCUGAC